GCUUGUGUCAAGUAGUGGUGGUUAUGUGAUGGUGGAUGGAAAUAUAUUUUAUUUGUAUACUUUGUUAAGCUACAAGUUUUUACGUUUUGCGUUGUAAUACUGUGAUUUUAUCGUUAAAAAGGUUUUGGAUUCUGUUGUACAUCGAUAUCGUAAUUCUGUAACAUAUUUAUUGAGUAUACAGGUCAAUUCAUGAAAUCCAACCUACUAUGCUAUUCAAGCUUGAUUCCUUUGUAAACAUUUUUGAAGUUUAUAUUCAGUUUGUGUACAUGUGAAAUGAAAUAUAGUAUCCAGAUAGACAGUGUUUUUAUAUGUUAAAUGACUUUUGCAAGACUGUGACAAAAUUAUGAUCCUAUGAAGGAUACAUCAGGACCUUUCAAACACUAUAAUUUGACAUUCAUGGUGAGCGUGUCGUGGUGAAGGCGACGGCAUGUGGCGCAGCGCGCAGUUGCUGGUAGUUGCGGCGCUGAGCCUACUGGCCGAGCCUUCGCUGGCCGCCAAGAAGUUUAACCUCACCAUCGGCUACCUGCCCUGCCUCACCGGCGACCUGCGCGACCGACAAGGCCUCACUGUUUCCGGAGCACUCUCCAUCGCCCUCGAGGAGCUAAACAACAGCACAGAGCUACUGCCGGACGUCGAGCUUCUUCUAGAAUGGCACGACACCAAGUUCGACACUGUGACGGCGACGCGCCUGCUGACAGACAUGAGUUGUUCCGGCGUCGUCGCCUUCUUCGGACCCGAGGGCCGCUGCCAUACUGAAGCUAUUAUUGCCCAGUCCAGGAAUCUGCCCAUGAUCUCUUAUAAAUGUUCGGAUUACCAAACUUCGACAUUGUCGAAUUUUGCGAGAUUGGAGCCUCCUGGUGCUCAGGCGACAAAAUCAGUAAUAUCGCUGCUCCGGUACUACAGAUGGAACAAGUUCUCCAUUCUGUACGAGGAGUCAUGGGUGACGGUAGCUUUAACACUGGAGAAUCACGCUAAGAAGAAUAACAUGACGGUGAAUCACCAGCGGCCGGUCAUAGAGUCACACAAGUGCUGCGAGGAGAAGAUGACUUGCUGCGCGCCGGGGUUCUGGUACCAGUUCAUACAGGAUACCAAGAAUAGGACUCGAAUAUACGUUUUCUUGGGCUCACCCGGUGGGCUGAUAGACAUGAUGACUGCAAUGGAAUCUCUGAAACUUUUCUCCAAAGGAGAAUAUAUGGUCAUAUUCGUAGAUAUGAUGACUUAUUCACCCAAAGAUGCUUUGAAAUAUCUCAUAAAAACGGAGGACCGUGUGCUAAAACUGGGCUGUCCGAAUAAGGUGGAGUUCAAGAAACGAGCGCAGUCGUUACUGGUGGUGGUCUCGUCGGAACCCUCAAGUAGCUACGAAGAGUUCACCAACAAAGUUCGCAAAUAUAACACGAUAGCGCCCUUCAAUUUCAAAGAAUACCCUAUUAUUGGCAGCAAGUUUAGUAAGUUUGUUUCGAUCUACGCUGCGUACCUGUACGAUUCAGUGAAGCUCUAUGCAAAAGCUUUGAAUGAAAUCAUAAAGGAAGAGACUCGUACGGAACCUCUGACUGAGGUUAAACUGCGCAGCAUCGCCACCAACGGGACGCGCAUCGUUGCUAAGAUGAUUCAAAGUUCACCAUAUAAAAGUAUAUCGGGGAUGUCGAUUCGUCUGGACGAGCGAGCGGACUCGGAGGGUAACUUCUCCGUGUUGGCGUACAAGCCGACCAAGAACCUCGACGGUGAUGUCAACUGCACACACAGCAUGAUCCCCGUCGGACACUUCCACCAGAACAAACGAGAGUUCCCUGAAUAUAAGUUAAAUCCUCGUUUGCCUAUCGACUGGCCAGACAGUGUGAAACCCGAAGACGAACCUUCUUGUGGGUUUCUAAACGAGAAAUGUCCUAAAGACGACUCGCAGAUAACUUCACUGGUGGUGGCGGGGACGUUAGCCGUGACGCUGUUCUGCGCUCUGGUCGUCACCAUCAGCAUAUACCGCAAGUGGAAGAUCGAGCAAGAAAUCGAAGGCUUGCUGUGGAAGAUUGACCCUCAAGAAAUUGCUGGAUAUCUGAACAGUGGUCUCGUGUGGUCGCCUAGUAAGCUGAGCUUGGCGAGCGGUAUAUCGUGCGAGAGCAGGUGCUGCACUCAAAUAUUCACUACGACUGCGCAGUUUAAAGGGAAUCUCGUCAGAAUUAAAGAGUUAAAGUUCUCCAAGAAGAAAGACAUUCCUCGGGAGAUAAUGAAGGAGAUGCGUCUGUUGCGCGAGCUGCGACACGACAACCUGAACUCGUUCAUAGGCGCCGUGGUGGAGCCGCUGCGGGUACUUAUACUCACUGACUACUGUGCCAAAGGGAGCUUGUAUGAUAUAAUCGAAAAUGAAGAUAUCAAAUUGGACACUAUGUUCAUAUCUUCCCUAAUUCAUGAUCUCAUAAAGGGUAUGAUAUUUAUUCAUACUUCGCCAUUAAUUUAUCACGGAAAUCUCAAAUCCUCGAAUUGUGUUGUUACGUCUAGGUGGAUGCUACAGGUUGCAGAUUUUGGCCUUCAUGAGCUAAGAUCUUGUGCUGAAAACGAAUUUAUAGGGGAGCAUCAAUAUUACAGAGGCUUAUUAUGGAAGGCUCCAGAACUACUGCGGGAGAUGGAUAACCCCAACGGUAUAGUUGGCGGCACGCAGAAGGGUGAUGUCUAUGCAUUUGGCAUCAUUCUCUAUGAAAUAAUAGCUAGGAGAGGACCAUUUGGGUUGACGGGCACAGAACCUAAGGAUAUUAUAGAGCGUCUGAAAAGACCAAAGCUAAAUGGUGAGGAGGUGUUCCGACCGAACACGGAUGCUCUCGACCCUGCGCCCGAAGAGUACGUGGUUUCCUGCAUGAAAGACUGUUGGGCUGAAGACCCCAAUCUGAGACCCGACUUCCCCAUCAUAAGAAGCCGCCUCAAGAAAAUGAAGUCUGGCAAGUCAAGGAACAUAAUGGACCAAAUGAUGGACAUGAUGGAGAAAUACGCCAAUAAUUUAGAAGAACUAGUCAACGAGAGAACGAGGCUACUGAUCGAAGAGAAACAGAAAACCGAAGACUUAUUACAUAGGAUGCUACCAAAGUCGGUGGCCCGGCGGCUGACGACGGGCGAGGGCGUGGAGCCGGAGUCCUUCGACUCGGUGACCAUCUACUUCAGUGACAUCGUGGGCUUCACCGCCAUGUCGGCCGAGAGCACGCCGCUACAAGUCGUGAAUUUCCUGAACGAUCUGUACACAGUGUUCGAUAGGAUUAUUAGAGGCUACGACGUUUAUAAAGUUGAAACUAUCGGAGAUGCGUACAUGGUGGUAUCUGGUCUCCCGAUAAGGAAUAGCGAUAGACACGUCGGUGAAAUCGCAUCAAUGGCGCUCGAACUGCUGAACGCGGUCAAAAGUCACAAAAUAUCUCAUAGACCGAAUGAAACACUCAAGCUUAGGAUAGGAAUUCAUACAGGCGCAGUAGUAGCGGGCGUGGUGGGACUCACAAUGCCUCGCUACUGCCUGUUCGGCGACACGGUGAACACGGCCUCGCGCAUGGAGUCGAACGGCGAGCCGCUCAAGAUACACAUCUCGCCGAGCUGCAAGCAGGCGCUCGACAAGAUCGGCGGCUACAUCGUCGAGCCCAGGGGCACUAUACCUAUCAAGGGGAAAGGACAGCUCCAGACGUACUGGUUGAUCAGUGCUACAGAGAAGGCUAUACAAAAAAGGGCGGUUGAAGGCGAGGAGCGGCCAUUAUUCCGUCGUCCCAGGCGAAGUCCCAGACUAGCAGAUUCCAGGCAUCCCUCACUUUCGGGCGGCGGCGGCAGCACUAUUCGGCAGCGGCUGUGGAGCGGCGCGCGGGACGGGGACGCGAUGCGCGGGUCGCGCUGCUCGCUGCCCGCGCCGCUGUGCGCGUCGCCCAGCUCGCAGCGCCGCUCCCGCGCCGAGCCCGCCGCGCCGCGUCCGCGCCACGCGCUCAGCUCCAUCGCGUCCAGCACGGCGUGCGAGGCGGACGCGGAGGACGCGGAGCGCUGGGCGCUGCGCGCGCACUCGCUGGACGUGCUGCCGCCCGUGCGCAUGCGCCGCCACCACACCACGCGCUCGCUCGACCACGAGGUGGGCGGCGUGGCCACCGUGUGCGGGGACCCCGUGUUCAACGGCACCAUCAUCGGCAUCGUGACGGACGACGCGCCGCGCGACGAGGACAGCCCGCUGCUGCGCAAGACCAGCCUGGCCACCAAGCUGGAGCGGCCGCGGCGGAAGGCGCCCGAGGCCAGCUACAUCGAGUUCUACAAGCGCUGGCGCUCGCUGGAGAACGUGGCGGACGGCAAGGCGACCGAGCGCAAGACGCCGCGCUUCCCCUUCCCCUCGUGGCUGCUGGGCUUCUUCAGCGGCGCCGCCCGCGUGCCCAGCGGCGACCUGCGCCGGGCGCCGCCGCUGCUCGACACCGAGUCCGCCGUCUGAGCCGCCCUCCUAUAUGUAUAUGUAUAUGAAAUGAUGUUGUAAAUAAUAUGUGUAAGUAAAACGAUGUUACCGUCAAUUGUGAAAUAAGUUUAAUGUUAUUAAAUAAUUUCUAUUGAACAA